AUGUCAGAGACUUUCACCUCCAUCCCAUUUAUUGACUUCGGUCAAUUGCAAGACCCCGCAACCAAGCCACAGGCGCUUGAGAAGCUGCGCGAUGCCAUCUUCGUGGUGGGGUUUCUGUACCUGACCAAUCAUGGUCUCGAGGACCUGGUGCGGCGCGCGCACGCCGAAUUACCAGACCUGUUCGCUUUGCCCGACGAUGUCAAAAACAGAGUCAACAUGGUCAAUUCGCCUUCAUUUCUGGGAUACACACGUCUCGGCGCGGAGACCACGGCCUCGAAGACCGACCUGCGCGAGCAAUUCGACUUCGGGACCCCUGGCAUGAAGCCCUGGUCCGAGAAAGACGAUCCCCUCUGGCAGCGCCUCGAAGGCGACAACCAGUACCCGGAUCAUCCAGGCGCGCAGGCUCUGGUCGAAGAGUACAUGGCGCGGUCGGCCGAGCUAUCGCAGAAGUUCAUGGAGUGCGUGUCCGAGUGCUUGUCUCUGCCGCCAACGACCUUCGCGUCCUUCAAGGGCGAAAUGGACCGUCUCAAGUUCAUUAAGUACCCGCAGGCGGCGCCUGGCUCGCAGGGCGUUGGACCCCACAAGGACUCGUCAGGUCUGUUCACAUUCCUGUCGCAGGAUGACACGGGUGGUUUGCAGGUUUUGAACAAGAAUGGGGAGUGGAUCAAUGCGCCCCCUGUUGAGGGGAGCUUGGUUGUAAAUAUUCAGCAGGGGCUGGAGGCGAUCACGGGGGGUGUUUGUGCGGCGACGACGCAUCGUGUUGUCGCACCGACCACCAAAACAAGACACAGCAUCGCUUUCUUCCUGGCUGUGCGCAUGGAUCUGACUACCGAGGAGCUGCGAGAAUCUGCCGCUCAUAUUGUUCAGCGCAUUCCGGCAUCCGAUGAUAAGAAGAAGCAGGCGGUUGACGUGCCGAGCGAGUUUUUGUCACCUUUGUAUUCAUGCUUUGGGGAGGCGUACAUGCGGAACCGCAUCCUGAGCCAUCCCGACGUUGGACAGAGAUGGUAUCCGGAGCUGUAUGAGAAGUAUUCGCGGCAGAAGCUGCAGUAG